AUGAAAAAUGUGGCACAUUCAAGUGUAACGCUACUGUCACAUGUGAUUUCGAAGCCCACUUUGCAGUCGAUUUGUGACGUAAUAAUCAAAAGCUAAUUUCCCUACUUAGGACUACAAAAAUGGGUCGUCGAAGACCUGCAACAAAUUGCAGGCAACACUUUACUCCUGAAAAAAAGCAAAACGAAUUGUUUGAGAAGUAUUACAAAAAUCAAGGAAUUCUCCCUGAUGAUGAAUGGGAAGAUUUUGUGAAUUAUUUAAAAAGAGAUUUGCCGAUUACAUUUCGUGUGACAGGAUUUCGUAGUCAAAAUAAGGAACUUUUAAGACUUAUCAAACAAAAGUAUCGUAAAGAUAUCUCCGAGAUGCAACAGUACAUGUGUGAUGAAAACGACAACACCAAUGGCACUUUUGAUCCACUGCCUUGGUACCCAAAUGAAAUGGCCUGGCAGUUGAGUGCCAGUAAGUAUGCAGUACGGAAGACAGAGGAACUUCGAACAUUGCAGCAGUUUUUAGUAUCUGAGACAGAAUCAGGUAACAUUAGUCGUCAAGAGGCUGUGAGUAUGCUGCCACCACUUCUACUGGAUGUUCGUUCACAUCAUACUGUUCUUGACUUAUGCGCUGCACCUGGUUCUAAAUCUGCACAGCUCGUUGAAAUGCUACACUCUGAUGCAGAAGCUUCUUCAACAAACAGUGAAUCAGAAACUGCGCCAAAGUAUGUCGAGCCUACAGGAAUGAUUAUUGCAAAUGAUUUCGAUCAGAAACGAUGUUAUAUGAUGGUUCAUCAGGUGAAGCGCCUACAGAGUCCUUGUGUUGUAAUUACUCAACAGGAUGCCACAUGUUUUCCACGCCUUUAUCUAACACAAUCAUCUGAUGAAAAGGGUAAUCAACAAGAUCUGCAUCAAUUACUGUUUGAUCGUGUGCUAGCAGAUGUACCGUGCAGUGGAGAUGGGACACUUCGUAAAAAUCCUGAUCUAUGGUUACGAUGGUCUCCUAAUCUGGGUAUUGGUGAACAUCCUUUACAAUGCAGGAUUCUGAAGAGAGGCUUAGAGCUGUUACGCGAUCCAGUGGAUGGUUCCACAGAUUUUCCUCGACUUGUAUAUUCUACAUGUAGUUUUAAUCCAGUCGAGAAUGAAGCUGUUGUCGCCAAUAUACUACAAUCUUGUCAAGGCUCAGUUCGUUUAGUUGAACCAGAUCUUCUAAGGUGCAAGUCAUCGCAUUCCUCUGAAAACGAUUCCCCUGCUGUUGGGAAAUUCAUAGCUAGACCAGGAUUAACUAAUUGGCGUGUAAUGGACAAGAAAGGAGUUUGGUUCACAUCUUAUGAUGAAGUUCCUACAGGUCAACAGAAUCACAUACGUCCAUCUCUGUUUCCUCCAGCCAAUGUAGCAGAUCUACACUUGGAACGUUGUCGACGGGUUCUACCACAUGAUCAAAAUACUGGUGGAUUUUUCAUUGCUGUCCUGGAAAAAGUGGCACCUUUACCUUGGACUAAUGCCUUGAAACGAGAAUUUCCUGUGAAUAGCAGUAAGACUGAUCAAAUAGAUGAUUCAUCUGAACAGAAAAAUAAUGAUUCAGAUUCUCCAGUUAUCGCUAAAAAAUCACGUAUUUUCCAUGAGAAUGCAUUCACCUACAUUGAUUCAAAAUCGGAUCCUAUUUGGUCAACAAUUCGUGAUUAUUACAAAAUUAGAGAUAAUCUCAAUGAUGGUGGUGAGGAUAAACCGUCAACAAUGGCUUUCCGUUCAGAUAAUUUACUGUCUCGUUCUGGUGUGGAAGGAAAUCGUUGCCGUUUUAUUUAUUACACAAACAGUUUAAUCAAAAAUAUGGUGUUGACAAAUAUGGAUAGAGGAUUAAAAAUAGUCAACACGGGUGUUCGAGUAUUCGCUUCAAUGGAAGAUAAACAAUUCGAAGGAUAUCGAUUGCUUCAAGAUGGUAUUGAAGUGACUGAUGCUUAUGUUUCUCUGUCAAGUAAUCGUCGUGUUCGUCUUACACCAAAUGAGUACUCGGAUCUAGUUAUUUUGUUAGAGCAUGAAAUGCCAUUAUUAACUCUGAUGACUGAGUCUACUCAGCGUCAGUGUGAAGCGAUAUCACCCGGUCCAAUUUUAUUGGAUUACACACCUAAUUUUAAUGAUUCCAAUGGUGAUGACGAAACAUGGACAUCUGAUAGUUUGCCGCGUUGCAGGCUGGUAUUUGCUGGUUGGCGUGGAGUGAAAAGUAUUCGACACUAUAUUGGACGAUUUGAGCGAUUACAUUUGAUGCGACUAGCCAAUAUUGAACCUAAGCCAUGCAUUAUGGGUCAUACAUGCAAAGAGAUUUCACCGGCAGAAAAUUGUGAAGUCAUUGAAGAGACUGUCUAAACUUGUACAUUGUUAAAAAUCUCAUUGCAUGUUGAUUGAUUAGCAUACGCUACAUCUGUGACUGAAGGGAUACAGAUAACAGUGUUUUUACAAUUAAUUUCUCGUGUAAAAAAUCUUAUACCUGUAUCCUUCUAUUUCCUUUUUAAUAAUAAAUAAUUUUUGAAUUGAGUUUAAA